AUGAUGGUGAGCAGAUUGAGUUUCCUGUGGCUUGCAAGCUAUGCACCACAUCUAGUAGCAGCUGUUUCGUACAGCGUGCCAUCAUCGCCUCCAUCGAAUGCCAGUCCUCUCCUGGAUCCGGCGCCGGUGGGCGUGUCACUGGAAUUCUUCACUUUCCCUGGCUACAUGGAAAAUGUCACGUCCACCAUGACGUGCUUGAAGAACUUCAAAGAUCUCACCGGCUCAUGGCCGCCGGUAAGGGUUGGUGGAACAACGCAAGACCGGGCAACAUAUAAUGCCCAAUCAUCGGCAGCGGUCACUUACUCUGUCAGCAACCCCGCUGAUGCACCCAUGAGUCUGACGUUUGGCCCUUCAUUUUUCGACUUGGCGGCCUCAUACCCCGGGAAGGUUAUAAUUGGACUCAACAGGCGACUGAAUAAUCUGGGCAACACUCUCGCAGCUUCAAGGCUCGCUCACCAAAGGAUGAGAAACCUGGACUCGAUCGAGCUCGGCAACGAACCCAACUUCUACACGAAUAGCGACCCGAUCGCUGGUGGCACCUGGAACGCAGCUCGGGACCGUGCCAGUCAGGUUGAAUGGCAGAGGGCCUUGGCCAGCAAUCUGACAACUUCCAGCAUCAUCUCCGCGGGCGUCUUCUUUGGGACAGACAAAUUCAACAAUGCGAAUCUGGCCAGAGAGGAAGGAAACGCGAUGGCAGCUGUCAAAAAUUUCAACUCGCAUAAUUACCCACAGUGGGCAGGGACCUACAAUUUGGCAAGACUCAUGAGCCAUAGCGCGAUUGCGACACAGAUUGCGCCCUUCAAGGCUGAAGCUGCGGCAGCCAGAGCUGCUGGCAAGGACUAUAUCAUGGGGGAGACAAACAGCGCAACCCAAGGUUUGUCCUAUAUAACGUCUGUGUUUUCUGCGGCUACUGACAGCAUUCUCGCAGGAGGGGGUGGCAUAAGCCCAACAUUCGGCGCCGCUUUGUGGAUCGUAGACUAUGUCGCCCAGUCCCUAUUAUUGGGCAUCAAAUCUAUCUACUUCCACCAGGGAACUAUCGGAAACUGUCAGUACUGUUGGUGGGGCAGGUUCAGUAUGGGAAACCCUUAUUAUGGGGCUUACUUCAUCACGGCGGCCCUGGCAGAAGCACAAAGAAUUGCUCCGUUGGAUAGCUUCUCGAAUAACUUUGGGGGAUACGCCAUCUACAAGGACAACAAGCCCAUCCGAAUCUUGCUCAUCAACUCCAACUACUACGAAUCGGGGACCAGAUCGAGAGAAAGCUUCACGUUGACUGGACUGCCUUCCGGCCUCACGAGCGUCCUGUCCAAAAGACUGACUGGGAGUAGUGCUACUUCCAGAUCCGACAGGUCUAGUCCCGCCACCUUUGGUGGUCAGACUUUCCAAGACGGAACGUGUGUGAAGCAAGGAAUCGAACAGGUGGAGGAGGCUAGCGUGAGAGCGGGGAGUGUUACGUUGAGCUUGGCCGCGUCCGAGGCAUUGCUGGUGUACCUGUGA